AUGGAUUCAAUAAGAGUUUUAUAUUUGAUUUUAAUUUUGUUUGUAUUUAUCUGUUGUGUCGCAUCCAACGGCACCAAAAUGAGUAAAUGCAUGGCUUUUGCAAGCAAUAAGGAUAAGGAUAGGGGCACACGAUCUCAAGCAAAUUUCAAUUACAAGAAAGCGAUGGAUAAUAGAGUUAUCGAUGCCUUCCGGGCGUGUCUUCUCAAUGAGGAAGGCUUUCGGUUUAAGAAGACAUCGAAAAUCAAAGAUUUCGCACAAAUUAAGUCAUCUCGUGUUAAGAUUAAUGCCAGUACCUAG